GCCGAGGCCCGCUGUUCCUUUUAUCGCGUUGCAUCGCGAUUCAGAAAAGCUCUAGAAAACGCUUUGGAAGGCGUUAGGGGUAAUUUGACCGUGGUCCAUUUCCCCUUUAAGUCAGGGCGGCUGGGAAGAGACUAGCAACUACUGUGAGAGAAAAGCCUUAGUGCAAAGGGAAAUGCUUCCGCAACCUCAUCCCCAACUCCUACCACGACUAUACUCGCACCCCAGGGGUAAAGCACUCUGACUUUAUCCCAUAGAUAGUGCAAAGGGUGCUAAGAGAACCCCAGAAGGUGGUGGUGACAAGAAACAGAGAACCGGGGGAAGGAGACGAAAAACUCACCAACCGAAGCAAUGCAAAUUCAGAACAAUCCUGGUGAAAUACUGUGGCUUGGAUCAGAUGACUUACCUCACCAGAGGAAGAAGUAUUCUGACUGACCUGGUCUGAGCCACAUGCCCAGGAAAAUGAGCUUUGCCACUAGAAGGUAUGAUUGGAGCUGGCCUGUAAUCUGACUAGUGUACUUGGCAGCUAAAAACAAUAGGUAGCACUUGCAUUAUGUGGAAAGAUAAGAUUUAUUUCCCAACUUUGAGCAUCUAUCCAUUGCUUCAGAGCCCCAUCUGUGCUGCCUUAUAAUCUCAGGCAAGCCCUUAAGGAAAGAGAGAACAGACAUGUUGUUCAGAUGCUUUAAGAAGGGCAUCCAGAUAUUUGUGAAAGAAGGAAUGAAUGAAAAACCUGAAUCCAUUACUUCCUGGGCCUUGCCCAUCAUUCAGUUUAUUCAACCUGAUCCUUUUCAUCAUGUAAUGAGGUUGUCUAUGGCAGGGAGUACAGGUAAGAGGAAUGGUCUUGUCUGCCCUGAGUCUUGACUGGAUAAUAGGGGAAGAGGUUUGAGGAAUACAAUUCAUCUUCAACAACAUAAACUUGAACAACAUUUAAUCGCCAUAAGUCUGUGAAGUAGGAAUUCAAUAUUGAGGGUUUUUCAAUGUGUAAAUCAAUCAGCAUGAGUGUGAUCAAGUUAAACUGCCUAUAGAGUCAGAAUAGACUUUUAAUAUUUACCAUUUUUAUUGAAAAAAAUCAAGAAAAUUUCUUAAAAGAGGGUAAAAGAGUUUGACUCUACUGUAACAGUAAUAUAAUUGCAACCAUUAAAAGAAUUGUUCACCACAGAUUCCCAAUUAUCAUUCAGGACAAUAACAAGUAUGCAUUAUUGUUAAGUAAGUGUCAAAUUUACUUUGCAAAUUCUUCUUUUUUCCAUUUUUAGUGAGGUCUAACUGCCGUAUAACAUUGUAUUAAUUUAAGGUGUACAACAUAAUGAUGUGAUAUAUGUAUAUAUAGUGAAAUGAUUACCACAAUAGUUUACUCAACAUCCAUCACCUCACAUAGUUACAAUUUUUUUUUCUUGUGAUAAGAACUUUUAAGAUCCACUCUCGAGCAGCGUCCUGUUGGGCGCUUCCCCGGCUUCUCCCCCAAAACGCGGGGUCAUCCUUCCUAGGCCAGAGGAGUGUCCAUAAGGAGAGUUUCACCUUCUUGAAGAUUAAAGCCUAGCAGUUCUGAGCUAUUCCUAGUCCAAAUGUCUGCCAAAUUGAGAGAGACAUCAAAACUCCUUCCACAAACUUCAGGGGACCCUGACUGCAUUGUGGUAAUGAAGGUGGAAGAGGGAGGGCAGGCCUCUAAUAUGGUCUCCAGCCGCCACUGGAGCAGCUACUACAGCUCAGAGACCUACCGCCAGCGGUUCAGGCAGUUUGACUACCAAGAGUCAUCUGGGCCUCGGGAGGCUCUGAGCCGGCUCCGCGAGCUGUGCUGUCAGUGGCUGAGGCCAGAGGUGCACAGCAAGGAGCAGAUCCUGGAGCUGCUCGUGCUGGAGCAGUUCCUGGCCAUGUUGCCUGAGGAGCUGCAGGCCUGGUUUGAAGAGAACCGACCAGAGAGUGGAGAGGAAGCCGUGGUGAUGCUGGAGGAGCUGGAGAAAGAGCAUGACAGGGCAGCUGAACAGGUCUCUCUUGGGCGAAAUAAGGACAUGCUUGCAAAGAAGCUAUCAACUUGUGAAAUCACUCAGGAGACACCAUGUAGCCAGCUUAAGCCCACAAAAAAGCAACUGCAGUGGGCAUCGAAGGAGCAUCACACCUUAAGACAAAAUGAUAGAGACACCGGAACUAUAAAUGUGAAAUCAGCUUCAAGGCGAAAGACUUCUUCAGGCAAAGAACUGCAUCACAAAGUUUCUAACACUCUUCAAAUGAAUGCUUCCCAGAGUUUCACAUUUAGAGGAACCUGUGAACAAGAUAGAAAGUUUGAAAGAAGACAGGGAAACUGUACUCGAAAAAAACAACACAAGUGUAAUGAAUGUGGGAAAGUCUUUACUCAGAGCUCAGCCCUUAAUCUACAUCAGAGGAUCCACAGUGGAGAGAAACCUUAUACAUGUGACGUGUGUGCAAAGGCUUUCAGCCGAAGUGCAAUCCUGAUUCAACAUCGAAGAACCCACACUGGGGAGAAACCCUUCAAAUGUCAUGAAUGUGGGAAAGCCUUUAGUCAGAGCUCGAAUCUUUUCAGACAUAGGAAAAAACAUACUAGAGAGAAAGUCCCAUCAGUGCUGUGAGGGAGUCAAAACAUUUACUGAGAACUUUUCAACAGGGGAGCAGACACAAGGCACCAAUACUCCUUUAGCAUAAAUCGGUAGUUUCAGUGGGCACCAAUUUCCUUUCAAAGGUUGUAAAAGCCCCAGGAGAGAAUGUAGAAUAUUUUCUGUCAGCAUCGUUUGCUUUUCUGUACAGUGUCAGUUCAGAUGAUUGAGAUUCUAAAGCUUUGCUUUUGCUUUGCAGUACAGUGUCAGUUCAGAUGAUUGAGAUUCUAAAGCUUAAAUCGGAUUUCCAUCCCUAGUGCAACUCUUGAAAGAUACUCUCAGACAUGUUCUACUGUUUCCAUUAUUAACACAAAUAAUGAACUAGUAUGUUCCUUUUUAGACAAGUACAUUUUCCCUGUUGAGAAGGAGUGUGUGAGUUAGUAUAUAAGUGGGUAUUCUCCAUUUCAUUACUUGCACAUUGGAGUUACUAGACCAAAGAUUAAAUCAGUUUUUUAAAAAAAUUUCCUGGAAAUUCUCUGGCAGUCCAGUGGUUAGGACUCCACACUUUGACUGCUGCAGGCCUGGAUUCAGUCCCUGAUCAGGGAACUA